AGAGACGCCCCCUUUGGACCACAUAAACUCGACACCACAUGCAUGUGGUUACAGAGGGGAGCUUUUCAACCCUAUCUGUUUCUCGAAAAAUGAAUGUUUUUACUGUUCCCCAGAACAGAAAAGAUGGCUGGUACUUGUCACUUAUGGCCCCAAAUACAAAAGGACCAACGUUUGCCUGGCUUGACCCCUCAAGACUCUACUGCAACUCCCAGGCACUGUCAGAUUGUGUGAAGGACCUUCUCAAACCAUUCAAAAAUGAAACCAUUGACCUGGUGGCUGGAAUAGAUGCCAUGGGCUUCAUCCUGGGGUCAGCUGUAGCAACCACAUUAGAAAAGGGAUUUCUUGCGAUUCGGAAAUCAGGACACCUAUGUGUUCAAACAGACACUCAAAAGUACACGGAUUACUCCGGACGUGAGAAGUAUAUGGAAGUUCGUCUUGAUGUGUUAAAGCCAGGUCAUCGGGUCCUUAUAGUAGACCAGUGGAUUGAGACUGGAGGAACUAUGCAAGCAGCCAUCAAACUGUUGGAGAAACAGGGAGCUAUUAUUGUAGGCAUUGCAGCUGUGGCCAUUGAGAACAGUGAGGGUGGGAAGUGGCUAAAGGAAAACUAUAAGUAUUCCCAUUGCAUUCCAAAAGAGCUUCAGGCUCAGAUAGACAAUCAAUACAUGGAGUCUUUUUCACAACAGUAAUGUAAAGUGAAAUUCAGGGAAAAUCAGUCAUUCUGAAAUAAAAAAAAGAAAUUAUUUGGUGGUUGAGACUUAAAGGCAGGGUAGCUGAUUUGAUCCAAAAAAGUCUCCUCACAUCCUGAUAGCAAUCAUUACGUUAAGUCGUCUAAAUAUAUUUGUAUAAAUAUGUCAUCUGUGAAAGGCCUAUGACCAAAUAAUGUUCAACAAAUCAUUGAACUCGGACCAAAUGCAAUAGUUGCAAUUUUUGCUUCUCUUCUUUUUUGCAUGCCCUGAUCAUGCAGACAUCAUACGUCAUCAGCGUGCUUAAAUCCACUCUGUACACAGUGGAAAACAAAGUUUCUGCUUAAUUGACAACCGGCACAGGAGCCACAAAUGAAAGAAAUAAUAAAAAGAAAAAAAAAGGAAAAAACAUAAGAAUCAACAUCGGUAACUUUACUGCUUUAAAGUGAAAACAGCUGCAGGAGGUAAAGGCACUGAAAGUGUUGUUGCAGUUUUUCUUUUGAAAAGAUAGGUGAUAUUAUUUAGAUGGAUUAAAAUAUUCAAUUUUGAUGAAACAUUGUGUAGUUUGUGUUCUUUUACAAUUAAGCAAAACAAUAUUUAUGUUUUCAAAAAACUACGUCUACACAACCGAAAAUGUGCUGUAUCUAUUUCCGAUAGAUUAAAACAGUUGUUUAUGUUCGUUGUUUUGGUAGUUACUCACUUUGUACUGCAAAGUUUUCUCACUGGUAAGUGAGACACGAAUGGGCUUUCAGAUGUUUUAUUUUAGCUUGUAGGCUAAAGUUAGCAUUUUUCAAAAUCAGCUCCUGCUUUUAAGUGUACAAGUUGUUUGGUUAAAAGUUUGAUGUUGUUUGGAAGCUUAAAGUUAUGGUUUAAAAUAUGAUUGUGUCUUAACCCUUGCAUAAAAAUUUUAUUAAAAAAUUCAUGUAAAUGCUUAGGGGCAGUUUCCCCCCAGGGUUUAAAUUAAUCCAGGACUAUGCCUUGGUUAUAUUAGGACAUACCUUACAAAAAACAAUACUGGUGUCUUGAGACAAAACAACGACACUGAUAUAUGUUUAGAUAUGUCAGAGCAAGAUGUUUUUGAUCAAGACAACACUAACAUUUAAGUUAGUCUGGGAAUAGUAUAAAGGGCGAUUUAUAGUCGUGCGUAGGUCCGGCGUAGGCUAUCCGUAGCCUGUGCGUAGCCUGACGCGCACCUCACAAAAUUUCUAACAGCGCGUCGGCUCUACACGGACCGCAAGCGCUGUGAUUGGUCCACCAGAACCCCUCCCGUCAGGUAAAAAAAACUGCGUCAUAGGUAUUUCCGUUUGCGAUGGUGAAAACAAAGAUGAGCCAAGUUGAGGAGUGAUUUAACUCAAACUGCAACAUAAGUCGUUGUUUAUUUACUUCCAUCAUUGCUGGUCUUCUCAAAUUAUACACAACAAGUUGCUAUUUAUUCUUCGUUUGUGGGUUAACUUGCUUAGCUUCUUCUUCUGUUACGACUUCUGCUGCUACUGUGGUUACUGCCAACCAGCGGUUUCGCGUGUGUUUGCACGUCGACGCGGACGGCGACGCAAAAGCAUAAAUGAAAACCGACGCGGAACCUACGCCGUUGCGGCUACGCCGUAGGACCUACGCACGACUAUAAAUCGCCCUUUAAGCCCUAUCUGGGAAACUGACCCUUAAAGGGAUAGUUCACCCAAAGUGAAAAUUCUGUCAUUACUCACUCGCAUGUUGUUAUAAACCUGUAAGAAUACUAUGGAAGUAAGGUCCACAAAUGAUUUGGUUACAAACACUUCUUAUAUCUUCCUAUCUUCCUUUGUGUUCAUCAAAACAACUACAUUUAUGCAGGUUUGUAACAACAUGAGAGUGUGUAAAUGAUGACAGAAUUUUCAUUUUUAGGUGAACUAUCCCUUUAAUGUUAUAAAUCUAGUCAUACGUUGAACACAGAAAUGUCCACUAGAGGUCACUAUCAGAUUACUUAAUUCAUUACUCUUAGAAUAAAGGUUAAUGAUGCUAGGAUAUACUGGGGAAAUAUAAUAAACAUUUUAUUACACAGUAUUAAAAUAAUAAUGAUGCCAGUAUUAUGCGAGGUCUGGUUUUAAAAUUAAUGGAUAAAAAUUGUGAAAGCAUUUUAUUUAGAAUAAAAAUGUCAAGCACAAGAAAUUAUUCAUGCAGCUUUGUAAACUUCUAAUACUUAUAUAAUGUUCUUACAGCAUAUUUUAUGAAGGAAUGUAUGGUGAAGGAAUACUUUUAUUACCCUUUUUAACAAUAUGAUUUAUAUGAUAUAGAAAAAUAUGUUUGUUAUUUUUUGUGCAAUUCACGCAUAAUCCUCAUGUGUACCUUUUAAAAUCGCUGUUGAAUGUAAACUAGGCAAAAAUGCAAAAUACAGAAAAUAUAUUUGUAAAUCACUAAUAAAAGGAAAA